GUCUAGUGAGAAAACUAAUUAAUAUUGACGACAAGUUGUUGUUCAUCCCUUUUUCAUCACUCUGUUCAUACAUUUGAAAGAUACUUAUAAAAAAAUAUUAUUUUAAACCAUUCCUUACCCAAAGUAUAUUAUAUAUAGAUACAGUAUUAUUUGCUCUCCACAAAUAAAUAACAUCACCACUGAAUAUAGUAGUAGCUAGCAGUAUUAAUUCUCUCUAAUGGAAUCCUCCAAUCUUUCUAUCUUCUUCUUUUGCUGCAUCUUUCUCAUCUCAUCAGGAUUAAUCGUGGAGGCCCAAGAUUCACCCCACCACCACCACCGCCGGGAGAAGGAGGAGACAGAUGAUAACGGUUUCCGACCAGCAAAGCUGUUUGUAUUUGGGGACUCGUAUGCAGACACAGGAAAUGUCAGAAAAUCUUUAGCAAACUCGUGGAAGGAACCGUACGGAACCACUUUUCCCGGGAAGCCCGCCGGCCGAUUUUCCGACGGCCGUGUACUCACUGAUUACAUCGCCAAGUUCUUGGGACUCAAGUCACCAGUAGCCUACCGAUGGAUGAAAUUAUUUGGCGGGAAAAAGCUGCGAAACGGGGUGAACUUCGCCUACGGAGGGAGCGGAGUUUUCGACACUUUGGCCAACGUUUUGCCGAACAUGACCACUCAAAUCGACUUCCUCGAGAAGCUGAUCAAUGAAUCUGUUUACACCACAUUGGAUUUGCAUUCUUCCGUCGUUCUUCUUUCUCUUGCCGGGAAUGAUUACGGUGCGUAUCUAGCCACCGGUGGCACAAUCCAGGGUCUGCCAAGUUUCAUCCCUCUCGUGAUCAAUCAACUGUCGAUAAACCUAAAACGACUUCAAAAAAUGGGAGCAACGAAAGUAAUCGUGACAGCUUUGGAGCCGUUAGGGUGCCUCCCUCGAUUCACGGGGUUAUCUUCAUACCAGCAAUGCAACGCCACUCGGAACUUAGCUACCAAUUUUCACAACCUUCUCUUGCAGCAAACGGUCGCAAAAUUGAACAACGAUACGAAUAGCUCCACUUUUUUCAUUCUUGAUCUCUACAACUCUUUCAAUACCGUGCUCGAACAAAAAGGCAAUCCUCAAGGGGACUUGAAGUUCGAGACUCCAUUGAAGCCAUGUUGCAUGGGGAUAAGCAGCGAAUACUUCUGCGGAAGUGUCGACGAAAAAGGUGUAAAAAUGUACACAGUUUGUAGCGAUCCGAAAUCUGCAUUCUUUUGGGACUCGUCACAUCCAACCGAGGCUGGAUGGCAUGCUGUCUACACGACCUUGAAGUCAAGUCUUGGACAAUUAUUUCAAUUUUCGUAAAACUAAUUUCUUUCAAUUAGUUAGUUAUCUGUUUUGUGUUUUACGUUGAUGUUCGUGUUCUUAACGUCACCUAUUUUUCGGGUUAGCUUUUCAAAUUGUUAUUUUUUUUUAGUAAUUAGUGUUGGGUUAAAUUGCUGUGACUUGAAAAAAAUGUUAUGUUAUGGUAGUAUUCUUGUUGUAAUUGGAGGCAGAGAUGGUAAAAGGCUAUUAUUGUCUAUUUGUUUAUCUUACUAGAUUCAAGAGAAUUUGCAAUAAUAUGGUUCUUAAUUUUAAAA